GCUCACGGAAACGAUAAGCAACCACGUGACAGGCCGAUAAAGUCCCAGUGAAGGCAGGAACGAGCCAGAAAGUUCCUCCAACCUGCACAGGACCGGCCAUGGAGCGCGAGGUUCAGCGGGUUCGCGCGGCUUUCAGCUCCGGCCACUCUCGCCCCCUGACGUUCCGGCGGCGGCAGCUUGAGGCCCUGCGCGCGAUGAUCCAGGAGCGCGAGAAGGACAUCCUGGCGGCCAUCGGUGCGGACCUGAGCAAGAGCGAAUUCAACGCAUACAGUCAAGAAGUCAUUUCUGUGCUUGGAGAAAUUGAUCUCAUGCUGGAGAAGCUUCCGGAAUGGGCUGCUGCUAAACCAGCUCAGAGGAACCUGCUCACCAUGCUGGACGAGGCCUACAUCCAGCCAGAGCCCCUGGGGGUUGUACUGAUUAUCGGAGCUUGGAACUACCCCUUUGCACUCACCAUCCAGCCCCUGAUAGGAGCCAUUGCUGCAGGAAAUGCUGUGAUUAUCAAGCCUUCUGAAGUAAGUGAGAAUACAGCCAAGCUCUUGGCUAAGCUCCUCCCUCAGUACUUGGACCAGGACCUGUAUGCCGUCAUUAAUGGUGGUGUCGAGGAAACCACAGAGCUUCUGAAGCAGCGAUUUGACCACAUUCUCUACACGGGAAACACCACUGUUGGAAAAAUUGUUAUGCAGGCUGCUGCCAAGCAUCUGACCCCUGUGACCCUUGAACUGGGAGGGAAGAGCCCGUGCUAUGUAGACCGAGACUGUGACUUGGACGUCGCCUGCCGACGCAUCGCUUGGGGCAAGUUCAUGAACUGUGGUCAGACCUGCAUCGCCCCUGACUACGUGCUCUGUGAGCCAUCCCUCCAGGACCUGAUCGUGCAGAAGGUGCAGGAGGCCGUGAAGGAAUUUUAUGGAGAAAAUAUAAAAGAAUCUCCCGACUAUGAGAGGAUCGUCAAUCUUCGUCAUUUUAAGAGAAUACAGAGUCUGCUGGAAGGACAGAAGAUAGCUUUCGGUGGGGAGAUGGAUGAGGCCACACGCUACAUAGCCCCAACAAUACUCACUGACGUGGAUCCUGACACCAAGGUGAUGCAGGAAGAAAUUUUUGGACCAAUUCUUCCAAUAGUGCCUGUGAAGAAUGCAGAUGAAGCCAUACAGUUCAUAAAUGAACGCGAAAAGCCCCUGGCUUUCUACGUGUUUUCUCACAACAGUAAGCUCAUCAAGCGGAUGAUCGACUGGACAUCCAGCGGUGGUGUCAUGGGCAAUGAUGUCAUCAUGCACUUCAUGCUCAGCUCUCUGCCCUUCGGAGGCGUCGGGUCCAGCGGGAUGGGAGCGUAUCACGGAAAACACAGUUUCGAUACUUUUUCCCAUCACCGUCCCUGUUUAUUAAAAAGUCUCAAGCGGGAAGGCGUGAACCAACUCCGGUACCCUCCCAACAGCCAGUCGAAGGUGGACUGGGCGAAAUUUUUCUUGCUGAAGCGCUUCAACAAAGGGAGACUCGGCCUCCUGCUGCUCACUUUCCUGGGCGUCCUGGCCGCUGUGCUCAUCAAGGCCGGAUACUACUGAUGGACCCCGGCUACCUCCUCAUCGUCUCUGCUGAAUUAUUCUUCUGCUCAGUGGCUAACCAACCAAUCAUUUUUAAAUCGUACUGGAACUUUUAGGAAGAUAGGCAAACACACUGUCCUCACCAUUCACCAUUAAUAAAACUCACCGCUUCAGCCAAAGUCCCCCACUUACCUUUCCCCCGGCCCCCCAGGACUGAGCAUGCUCACUCGGAGAAGCUACGUCCCUAGAGCUCUGGCUGGGGGAGGGAGCGCACUGGGUGAGCCCACAUUCCCAGAUCUGCUCAGUGACUCCUGUUUAUCAGGCACAUGGGGCUUGCCACCCCCCCCUUCAGGCAGCACCCCCUGAAGCCUCCUGGAGACUGCCCUGUGCAUGUUUCCAGGUCUCAGUCCAGAGAGGUGAGGCAUGAUCUCCCAGACUCCUCGGGGUUCAGGGCACUAGAACUGGGGUUGGGGGGGGUCCCUGUCCCUGAUCUUGGGAUUUGAAGACUGAGCUCCAGGAAGCAGCCCUCCUUUCUCACCGCUCUCUGUCUUGUGCUCGGCUUGUGACAGUCUGUUGUGACGUCCACACAUGGUAAAUCCUUAGGCUACUGGAAGGCAGCUGCCAGUUUGGUGCAAGAAUCAUGUCAUUCGUAGACUGUGUGCGUCUACAAAGCCACUGGCCUGUUUCACUGCUAUCGUCAUGGUACUCAGACAAUACCCACCCUUGAGCAGAGGCUGCACAUGGCAAGUCAGUGGCUCUUCAGGGACGAAUCUUCAAGUUUCCUGUUUCUGUACCACGAGGCGAGUAAGCAUCCCCUUGGCCUCCCUGUAGCUCAGCUGGUAAAGAAUCUGCCUGCAAUGUGGGAGACCUGGGUUGGGAAGAUCCCCUGGAGAAGGGAAUGGCUACUCACUCCAGUAUUCUGGCCUGGAGAAUUCCAUGGACUAUAGUCCAUGGGGUCGCAAAGAGUCAGACAUAACUGAGCGACUUUCACUUUUGGAAACCUGAGCGGGGCAUUGCUGAACAGAUUCUGUCCAGAACUUAACAUGGGGACCAGUUUCUGUCCUGGACAAGAGGCCUUCGGUGUUCACAACUUACAGCCUGUGAGCCCCAGGGGCUGGUGAGGGGCAUCUGGAAGAGGGCUCUCCAUGACCAGGACAGCAGCUGGCCCACUGAGGGGGACCUUCCGUGCACAGUGCUGGGACCAGACCCAGCACUUCAGCCAAACAGGUCUCAAGAAGAGCCCUGGAGGGUCCUCCCCGUCCCCACACUCAAUGAGAGAAGGUACCUCACUUCACAGCACAUGUGAUCCACCACUGAAUGAACCUGCUCCUUGUGGCUGAUUGCAGUGUUACUGGCUUCAUCACAGAACACGGGGAUCAACAACCAAUCACUAGGCUGGCUUAGGGGACACCUGCUUAACGCUGGAGUUUUAUCAGAAUAAUCAGCCGUAAAAUAUCUGAGAGAAAAUUUCAAUAUGGAAUUUUCAUUUGGUAUAUUGUGCAUUUUAUUUUCUAAUUAAAAUUAUUUGCUUGUCUACUGGUA